CAUUUGAUUUGUUUUAAAAAAAGAAACUUGCAAUUUUCUAUACAAAAACUAUAAUAUUGCUUAAUUGAAAUAAAAAUUAAUUGAAACAUACAAACUUACGUGGAGUUUGAGUUUAAAGAAAAUAAUUGACAUACAUACACUACAGUCGUGUUGUGUGUAGUGUUCUCAUUGCAGUAACUCAUAUAGCAUCCAAUAGGCGCGCGUUCAUUAUUUAUUUUUUUUUUUCUUGAGGAGGCAAAAAAAACAAAGAUUGUUCCUUUGCCUUAGGUUUGUCGUCGUCGUGGUUUUAGGAAAGAAAAAAAGUACCUUCCCAUUUGCUAUUAAUACCUAGAUCAAUCCGGGUGAACAUUAUUAACCCCGCAAUAAAAUUAUAACAUUUUUAUACUCAAAGCAAACCAGUUUCGCUUUCAAAAAAUACAAAAAUUUCGGUGUAAUUGCUUUUCUAAAGUAAUAAGAAGAACCACAACACUAUUCUUCUUGCCUCUCAAAAUAAGCGAUAAGGAUUCUUUCGGAUUUACCUACAUAUGUAUUGCAAUUUUACUUGUGACUUGACUAUUUCUUCUCUCAACAAUGAUAAAUAAUAAUAAAACAGAAAUACUUAAAACCUGAAUAAUAAUCAUCAACUAUGCAUUGAUCCUCUCAAGAAAGUUAUAAGGAUCAGGAUAAAUAACAAAUAAACAAAAUAUAAGCUAUAAAUAUAUUUCGAAGGAAAAUUCUAACAACCAUGAAGAGUCGUACUUCUGGUUACAGCUCUGAUACAGAGCAAAAUAAACAAAAAGAUGAUUUAAGUGUGCUUCGAAAGCCAAUUCAUACGGCACUAUCUGGAUUUUUAGAAGCCAAAAAAGCAUACGACAAUGGAACUGAUGAGAUAAGGAGACUUUUGGCACGUGAAUGCGACGUUAUAUAUGAAUGCAAUACAUGUCGGAAUAUAUUUAGAAGUUUAACAAAUUUUAUAAGUCACAAGCGAGUUUACUGCCGUAACUCCAACAAUCACUUCAACGGCAGCUUCAAUUCAAACAACCAAAAUGGUUUCAUCGAUCAGGAUGUAUCGACAAUUAUCCAGGCCGAACAAGAAUUCGUCAAUAAGAAACCCAAUGCUGCAUCGACAAGCUCCAAAGAUAACAACAACACUAAUAAUGCUAAUAGGGAUCUAAGUAGUAUAAUUGAACGUUUGUUGAAGCGUGAGCAAAACAAUAGGCUCAUGAAAUUGACAGACUUCUACGAUCAGGUGAACAACAAAUUAACCCAAGAUGAAAUCCUUCAACAAAAACACGUGCUGCAAUUGGAUAGGGUACCUAAUAGUGAUGUAGCUGUGUAUCAAACGGUUAAAGUGGACGAGAGUGAUAAUAUCAAAACUGAAGUUGAUGAAGUUCAUGAUAUGCACGAUAAAAACACAAAGACUAUUGUUGGGUCAGAUGGAAAAGCCAUUCCACAUAGUACUCCUGCGGUAGUGAAAGAGAUUAAGAAAGAACCAGUCGAUGAGGUUGACUUUGCUAGUUCAGAAGUCAAGGAACAACAACCAGCAGAAGUUUCCAAUGAAAUAAGCUGUGAAAUUUGUAAAUUACAAUUUGCAACAGAAAAGACCCUCAAGCUACACAUCCAAACCAAACAUAUCUCUUCGACAUUCGUCUUUCAGUGUCCAUCUUGUUCACUCACAUUUUUGCAGCCUGGAGCAGUGAUUCGUCAUCUGAGCAAUGACCAUAAAAAAUCAACACGAAAGAUCCGUUUGAUGCGUGAAGCUAUUUACAAACGUCGUGUACGAAUGGAUGAAGUACAAACCAAAGGUCCAAGUCGAGAAUUGGCCCGCUUGCAAACAGCCAAAGAGCGUCGUGAUGCCGAAAACAAAGCAUGGCUGGAUAAUAUCGAGCGGGUAGACAACUCUCCGAUGUGUACUUACUGUGGCAAAACUUUCGAGAGGAAGGCAGUUCUAAAUACUCACUUAAAUAAUUGCCAAAUGAAAAACAAAUUAAAUCUUGUCGCUGAGAAAAAUCCAUCAUCGGCAGGAAAUCGAGAAUCGCCUGUUCAAUUGAAAAACAACAAACUAACAAAUCUAGUCGCUGCUGAGAAACCUUCAGCAACAAAUAGAGUCGUCUCGCCUAUUCUCAUUACUACUGCCCCCACAACAAAUAAACUUGUUGUCAAACAACUAGCAGACGAAUCAAAAUUAAUCAAUUCCAAUUCUAAUUCAGUGGACUCAUUCGAUCUGGAACACAAAUACGAUAUCAACGGUGACAGUAAGGACUCCAUAGAUUUACUUGAAAUCAAAGAAGAGCUCACUGGUCAACAGAAUCGACGAAAACGUCGCAAACCACCCAAAAUUCUGACCCGUAACGACGAUGUUGACUCGGAUACACUCAAUGAGUUGUUUGCUAAUUUGGGCAAAAAUACAGAUGAGCUAUCUCUGAAGACAGUAUGCUUAGACAAUCUUACUAGAGCCGCUGAAAACGACGAACUACAAAAAGAAGUUUCACAUAUCGUAAAGGUUGAGGACAAGCCAAGUGAGCCUGCUGUGGUUGCAGUAAAAGCAGAACCAAAGCAACGUGUCAAUCCGAAUACCAAACAACUUCCAUGCUUUUGUAAAAUCUGUCAUAAACGUUUCGAUGCUCUAAGCAACUUGAGACGUCACAUUUCGAUGUUUCAUUAUCGCAGCCGAAAAUUCGGUUGCAAACUGUGCGACUACCGAGCGUUCAGGAAGUACGAUGUGGUUAACCAUUUGGGAUCUGCACAUUCCAUUGCCGGUGAUAAAGAGACAACUUUGGAGUUUGUUCGUAUCUAUGAGGAAAAGUACUUUAAGGACGGUGUGGAAGAGGACAUUGUUCUCAUCACGGACAAUGGCAAUGUCCCAAAAGAAAACAAACCUGAAGAGAAACGGCAACGCCGCCCGAGAGGGUCGGCAAAAGCUAUAGUGGCAUCAACAUCUCGACAAGCUGCAUCAGCUGCACCCGAAGCAGCUACAAGCGAACCCAAAAUAACCAGAUCUUCAUCACAAUUGUCUUUGUCCUCAACUGACGAUUCGAUUCCAAACAAGCGACCGAUUCGCAAUCGUGUCAAACCAGUCAACAAAGACUUUGUAUACGAUCUAUCGAACCUUCUCAAAAAAGAUAUGCUCUUCGCUGAACGCGAGUCUAUGAAAUCACUCAAACGUCGCAGUACCAAUUCGGUGGCAACUGACGAUAGCAAUCAGGAAGCACCCUCACCUUCAACAACACCUUCGUCUCCUGUGAUAAGUGAUACCAAUAAAAACGAGCAGGUAACAUUUGGCUUUGUGCUCACCAAAGAUCUUGUGCAAGGUGCCGCUCAAAAAAUGGCUCAAAACUUGGUCUCACAAGGCAGAGCCGCUCUAGCUACACUUCCAGAAAUUCCCACUCAACGUCCAUUAAUGCGUUCCCGAUUAAUUUCUGUAUUCCGAAGUUGUGGAAGUGUUCCUAUUAUUGAAACUUCUGAUUUGGAAGAGGCCCAAUAUAGAGCUUCACUCUCUGAAGACAGUUUCAUUGACAACUUUUCGAAACGUCGCAAAAUCGAUUUGAACCUAAAGCCCCGACUAUCACUUCCAGAUAGUCCACUUAAUUCAUUGCUCAUGAAGGUCGACAUGAGAAAGAAAUCACAAACAAAAAACAUUCCCCAAAAUGAUAGUGGAUAUUUUGGUGAAGAGGACAACAACAAAAAAUCUGAUCUUCUGGCGGCAUGUCCGACUGAAAAAGAAUUUCAAGAAUUCGCUGCCAAACAAUUGAUUGAGCCUGUGAAAAAAGUUCAUGUGCUGCCUUUUGUGGAUCCUGUACCUUCGAUUCCUAAUUUUUCAUCGCCCCCACCAACACCCACCAAACGUAUCACAUUGUUUCAACGUCUGAAUGAGAACAAAGCAAAAAGACUUCAAGAGAGUCUAUUGCGAUCAGCUUUAGAAAAUUAAAUACAAAAAAUAUGUAUAAUAUUAUUUUAAUUAUUUAAGUUUUUCGUUUUGUUGACUUUCUAUUUUUAGAAAAUAUUUUUUUUUUCAACUGUUAGGAAAUUUAACUAAAUCAAACGUGAGUUUUGUUAACAAAAAUAACUUUUAUUGGAGAUUGUUUUGUUGUUUUUGUAAAAAAUGAACUGAUAUAAAAAAAAAUAAAACUAUUUUUGUUUCCAAUUACAUAAAAAUAA